AGCUAAAAAAUUAUAACAAAAUGUAAACAAUGUUUGUAUCGAUUGAAUGAAUGAAUGACUUUUGAUAUCAAUUAUUAACAUUUUUGUCACUCAUUUGAUGACAAUUUUGAUAAAGUAAUGACUAAUUUAAGUGAUUGAAUGCAAUGUUAGUGCCGACAAUCAGAUCAGAUGCACAUCAAUGUCGAUCAAUUGACACCAUAUCUUUGUGGUGAUAGUCAUCAAUGGGUUCAGUUUGAUAGAGAAGGAUAUCUAUUUGUCAAAUACAGAAACGACAGACAAUUCUUUAAUCAAUGGAAGAGCGAGUCUUUUGUCGAAAGGUUUGUUAGACUUAAAGGCAAUAUUUUAGUGAUAAUCGCAACUAAAACUCUUAACGACUCAACACAUGUCAUCAAUAAAGUUGAUGACAGAUGUCUUAACAUAAUAGUGUUGGAAGAGUUCAAUGUGAGAGUUGUCGACGAGUCCGACAAAUACUACGAGUUUGUCAUUGACUUAAAUCGCAAUGAUUUGAUCCGAAGUAUACAUUUCGCCACAAUUUCACAUCAAGAAAGAGAUGAAUGGGUUGAAUGCAUCCAUUUGUCCGGCAGAUCGUACCUCAUAUCACUUCAUACAUCACUCGUUAAUCAGUUAAACCAAUUAAAGAUUGUCACCAAUUAUGAGACCUCAGAUGACAUAACUAAUUAUAGAAGAAGAGAUUCAUCUAUUGUAUUGUCUGUAAGUUGUGAUUAUAUCAAUGCAUCAAAUAAUCGCAGAUUUCGACCAAAUUUUGUUAUAUUCAUAUACUAUAAGACAAUAACCAAUUCGUGGCAAUUGAUUGGUAAAACUGAGACUUUGUGUUCACGUAAUCCUCGGUUUGAGAAGUGUUUAAUAAUACCUCAAGAAAUACAUGAAUCGUCAACUAUUAAACUUAAAUUCAAUUUAUAUGAUAUAAUUGAGACUUUGACUAAUACUAAAUGCCUUUUAUGCGACUCUUAUCUUAAAUGCCAAACAAAUGAUUACAAAACUGUUCACAGAAUAGAUUUAAAGUCUAUAAUUAAUAAGCAAACGAUCGGUAUUUUAGCCGUAAAAUUAAUUCAUCAUUCAUUCAAUUUUGACCAAACUUUAUAUAGAAUUAAAUCAUUAAAUUGUAUUCAAAAGUUAAAUAAUAAAUUGAUGACAUGUUUGACAUAUUCAAUGGGAGAAGUGAAGACUGAAUACCAACGAAACCAAAUGCGUGCUCUUGAAUGUCACCUCAGAUUAGUCAACAUAUUGACGGAAUCACUCAAUGAGAUCAGUCUUUAUCAAAGUCAACACAGUUUUCGGCCGUCGACUGCAAAAAGUGAACAAUUUCUUCAAUUCAUUCCAAUUAACUUUCAUUUACAGCGAUGUCGAGUCACUGAUUCUAAUGCCAACCGACAAAUAACUCGCGAUGUAUUUACUGUCGGCGCUUAUUGUAGUCAUUACUUUGGUUUUGGUAGCGGAGGAAUGAAACGAGAAUUAUCUGAUUUAUACAAAAAUGACAAAAAUGCAAACAAUUUAUCACUAUUGAAGACAUGGAAAUCAAUGGUCAAUUUUUUUAGAAUCAGUUCACUUCGAGAUAUAAUUUAUAAUCAUUUAAAAUGUAUGAUUGAUUGUAUAGAUUGUCAAACUAUAGAUAAGAAGUUAGUUUUCAAUAAUUUUAGUAAAGUAGAAGAAUUUUGCAAAGAAAUUGUUACAAUUCUUUCCUCACAAAUAGUAGAGGAAUCGAUUGCUUUCUGUGAAAAAGUUAGGAAUCAAUUGGAAGUAACUAAUAGUGGAAUAAAUACUGCAUUUGAUAGAAGUUCUUCUUUGCAAGAAUCUAGAAGACAAUCGAAUCAUAAUAUAAGAGAUUUUAGAAGAUAUCAUUCACUUACUAGUGAUGAUCAUCAAGAGUUAGAACCCAUUGAUUUAAUUCAUUUAAAUAUUAAAGCGUCAGUUAUUAGUAUAAAUAGCAAAUUAAUUGCCAAUAAGUCUAGUCUUUUAAGAAGUGAUUUGAAUGCAAGUGAAAUAAAGUUGAAAAGUGCUAUCGAGUCGUUGCUGAAGACAUCGAGUAUUUGUUACGCCAGUUGUGCCCUUAGUUUAGAUCGACAACAAAUCGAGCGCUUCUAUUGUUUGCGUCUUAGAAGAGAUAUGAUCUUCACUCAAGUAUUGACAUCACUUGUCAUCGCAACUCUUUCUCAACUCAGUGACCAAACAUUUUUAAAAACCUUAAUCCAAACUAAAACUCUGUUAUCACAACAUGAAGUACUACUUAGUUGUUACGCUGAAGAAGUUUCAAUGUUAGAAGACAUGGAGUACUCUCUCAAUCAAAUCAAUUGUUGCGUUAAAUUUAUUUUUGAGAACUCAAUUGAAACCAAUAUUCAGCCAAAAAUUGAAGGCAACAGUUUUGAUAUUCGGGUCACUUUCUAUUGCAACCAAUUUGAAGGUUUUGAAAAUAAAAUUGAAUGCAAUGUUUUGGCGCUUCUGUUCAAUAUUGGUAUCAAUGAAUACGCCACUCUCGCUGAAACCUUAGGUUCAGUUAAACUUCAGGAAACUAUAAAUAAAGACAGUUAUAUGCUAUUAGAUUCUUAUGUAAAGCAAACCUUUAUUAACGAUUCAAAUGUGAGUAAACUUAUGGUUUCACUUAAGUCAGAAAUUUGGUCCAACAGAGUGAAGAAUAUUCGUGUCUUACAUUUGGUACAACAAAUUGUCAAUCAUUUGAAUGGCAUUCGGUUUACAAGUUGUAAGAGUGCUAAAGAUAGGACAUCAAUGGCUGUCACUCUUGAGGAAGCGCGACUUUGUGCACAAUUCUUCAACAUUAGUGAAAUCAAUGAAAUUCAAUGGUUUCAGACAAUUAUCGAUACACUCAGAAGUGAAGGCACUCGAAGAGAGAACACUCGUAAAAAUGUUGGAAUAGCUAAAUAUGCAUUCAAUUCGUUACAAUUGAUGACAUUUCCUAAACUUUUGAGGGCUCCCAAUGGCACAUAUUCUUCAAUUGAAACAUAAACUCUAAAAUUACUAUUUAUAAAUGAGUUUAUUUUAUUUACAUAAGAUUAAUAGGUAUAAUAUUUAAAAUAUGUUAA